UGAAAAAUUCAAAGAGGAUGGGCCUGUUGCACUGCAAGGUUUCGCUGAGUCAGAAUAACGUAUCGAUAACCAUCCAGGGCCUCAACGCAACUGACACAGAUAGGUAUAUCUGUGUAGUUUUAAACACACACCCGCCGCCAUUUUAUGAGAGCUCCGGGCAAUGGACUAUCAUCUACAUCAACCAGGCAACUAGCUGUCCUGUAGAUGAGGGAGCCAGCAAUGGAUUUUUGCCGACUAUAAUUCUUAUCGUACUUGCUGCACUACUGUUCCUGUACAGCGCAUCCUUGACAGUGUUGUACUUCAAACACAAGAUGAAGGACGAUACUAUUUACAUAAAUGUCCGGAAGUAGCAGCAUUGUGGAGUGAUCUGAUGUUGUUCAUCUCUUCAUCUACAGUUU